AUGAUUAUUCCAGUACGUUGUUUUUCUUGCGGAAAAGUUAUAGGAAAUAAAUGGGAGUUAUAUCAAACGAUGCUGGAAAGUGAUUAUACAGAAGGCUCGGCUAUGAACGCGAUAGGACUUCAAAGAUAUUGUUGCCGUCGCAUGAUUUUAACUCACACUGAUCUGAUCUCUAAGCUUCUGCAAUAUAAUCCUCAGGAAAGAAGUCGCGAACAGUUCAGAGCACAAUUCCGUCAACAACCAG